AUGUCUACUGAGAAAUCUAGCACUGUCAGUGAAACUGCUGGAACCCAAGCAGCUGGUGAAGUUGCUGCUGCACCUACUGCAAUUGCAACUGCUACUACCACCGCCACAGAAGAGGAUGAUUUGGACGAUUUGGACGACUUGUUGGAUGAUUUUGCUGAUGAAGUUUUAAGUAAGCCUCCUGGGGCUGCUGCCAGUGGAGUAACAUCAACAGGAGUCGGAGCUGGAGCUGGUAUUAGUACUGCUAGUGAAAAGGGAACUGGUGCUAAUAAAGAUAAUGUUACGCCAUUCAAUACUGAUAUUACUGGACUUUUAAAAGAUUUGAAAAUAGAAGAUCCUGAUACUAAAAAACAAUUUGAAGAACUUGUUAAACAAUUUGAAACAGGUAAGGAAAACGAACUUAAUCAAAUACAAGAUAAAGAUUUUGAUAAUGUGAUGAAGUCAACUAUGGAAAGAUUAAAGAAAUCUGGUGAAACUAUUGACGAACAAUUGAAGAAAGAUCAUUCAAGUACAAAUCCUGAAGAUUUAUUGGCCCAAUUAUUAGCAGGUUAUGAUGGUCCUUCUAAUGAUGGUGAAAACAUGGAUAUGAGUAAAUUAUUAGUUGAAAUGUUGGAACAAAUAUCCUCUAAAGAAGUACUUUAUGAACCUAUGAAAUCUUUGAAUACUGAUUUCCCUCCUUAUUUAGAAAAGAACAAGUCAAAACUUUCCCAGGAAGAAUUUGAAAACUAUACGGCUCAAUAUGAAUUGACACAAAAGAUUGUAUCAAUAUUUGAAAGUCCUGAUUAUAGUGAUUCCGAUAAGCUUAAAAGAGAAGAAGUUAACUCAUUAUUAGAAUCUUUACAGGAUUUAGGUCAGCCUCCAACUGAAUUGACAGGAACAAUGCCAUCAAUCCCUGGGUUAGGUGAUUUAGGAAAAAUGGAUGACCCAUCUCUUGAUUUUAAUGAUAUGGAUAUUCCAAAGGAUUUAGAAAAAGAUUUGGAAGAAAAUUGUAAGCAGCAAUAG